AGAAGCCGUCAUCAACUUGACCAGUAGGCAAAGUGAACUUGAGAGGGAUAGGCGUUCACACAAUAUGUUCUUGCCACCAAGUGUAUUGCUUGGAGUGUUGUUGUCAAUAGGAAUAACAAGUUGCAAAUACUGCGGCGAUGACUGCAUCAAAAUAUCGAGUUGCUCAAUGGCCCUCGAUAGAGUAAAAAAUAACAAAGACAAUGAAACCGCGAAUAUGCUGAAAAAUGCUUUCUGCGGCUUUGAUGAAGAACCAAAGGUAUGCUGUACAGAAUUUAUAAUUAGUAUGCGAUCGUUUGAAAACGACCCAAAUGAUGAAUUCGAGGUAGAAAAACAUCCCAAUGUGAAUCUUUUGCCGGAAGACUGCGGUGAUAUAGACGGUGGUAAAAUCGUUGGUGGAAACAAACCAUCGCCGUAUGAAUUCCCCUGGCUAGCAAUCAUCAUAUAUAAAAUAGGGAACGAUUUUAGUAUGGACUGUGGAGGUUCGGUGAUCAAUUCAAGAUACGUGCUAACUGCAGCACAUUGCAUUAUGGACAGAAAUGUCGCCAAAGUCCGCAUUGGAGAAUACGACAUUAGCUCAGAUGUCGAUUGUUCUGGUGAAGAUAGUUAUAUCGAGUGCGCACCUAAAUAUCAGGAAAUCGAUGUGUCAGAGCCGAUCCAUCACGAGGCUUACCGUGACAACCCAUUUACCGUUAACGACAUCGGUCUUUUGCGUCUUAAAACACAUGCUGAUCUAAGUGUUAGAAACUCUGGUACGAUAUGCCUGCCGAUGACAAAUUUACUUUUAACGAAGCGCAUAUAUGGUGAGAGAGCGACUGUGGCCGGUUGGGGUAUAACUGAAAAUCAAACGAAAUCCAACGUCCUACUCAGAGUCGAUGUUCCAACAUAUUCGCCCAGAGAAUGCUUAAAGCGGUAUAGCAGGAAUGGUCGUGUCAACUUGGAAUCUUACAAUCGACUGACGUACACGUUCUGCGCUGGUGAGCUGGGUCACGACUCAUGCAAAGGCGACUCCGGCGGUCCUCUUAUGGUAGAAAGCAUAGUGAAGAACACAUAUAAACAAGUACAAUACGGUAUUGUGUCUUACGGAAAUAAUGAAUGCGGGUCAGACCCCCCUACUAUAUACACGGAUAUUAGAAAAUAUAUGAAAUGGAUUUUGGAUCACAUUAGGCCAUAAUCAUCUAAAAUAUUUUUACUAAGAAUUAUUGUAAGUUACAUUGUAGCUUAGUUAUCACGGAAGUUUUACUGGUAAUUUACGAGUAUAUAUAAAUAGUAAACAAUUAAUAACUA